UAGAAAGAUCAUUUAUAUAUCUUUUUAAUCAAUAUUCUGAAUUCUCUCUGAAUCUAAGAAGGGUCUCCAUUAACGACGGCAACAAUGUACGACGUCAAGAGUUUUAACUUCUUGGCAGUGAUUGUGAUAUUGUUUGCCUGUCGUUAUGGAGACGCCACCGCUGCCAACCGAGGCUAUAUUAAGUACAAAGAUCCUAAAGCGGCGGUGGAAGAGAGAGUGGCAGACUUGUUGUCACGAAUAACGUUACCCGAGAAACUUGGUCAAAUGUGUCAAUUUGAUCGAUUCAACUACUCAACGAAUGAGUUGGGGUCCAAGGGUAGCGGCGACGAAAUCUUCACAAAGUACCUGAUCGGAAAAGAUGAAGAUGAAAUUUGGAUUAAGGAAAAAUUGAGUCUUUCGACGAGGCUCGCAAUCCCUGCGCUUUACGCUAUUGAUGCGGUUCACGGUCACAACAAUUUUAUUAAUGCAACCGUUUUCCCCCACAAUGUCGGUAUUGGCGCCACUAGGGAUCCUGAACUUGUUAAAAGGAUUGGAGCUAUAACCGCGCUCGAAGCAAAAGCAACAGGAGUCGCUCAAGUUUUUGCACCUUGUGUUGCGGUUUGCAGAGAUCCUAGAUGGGGAAGGUGUUACGAGAGCUAUAGUGAAGACACUAAGGUUGUGAAUAUGAUGACCGAGGGUAUCAUCGAUGGAUUACAAGGAAAUGCUCCUUACCUUGCUGAUUCAAAGAUUAAUGUGGCUGGGGUUGCCAAACAUUUUGUCGGGGAUGGAGGGACAACAAAUGGAGUCAAUGAGGAAAACACUGUGGCUGAUAAUGCUACUAUCUUUGGUAUCCAUAUGCCUCCAUUUGAGAUAGCGGUCAAGAAAGGGAUCGCAUCAAUCAUGGCUUCUUACUCUAGUCUUAACGGUGUUAAGAUGCAUGCGAACCGCGCAAUGCUCACUGAUUACCUCAAGAACACUCUCAAAUUCCAAGGCUUUGUUAUCUCUGACUGGCUGGGAAUUGAUAGGAUAACAACGCCAUUCAGAGCAAAUUACACUUACUCCGUUGAAGCUUCCAUUAAUGCCGGCAUUGAUAUGGUUAUGAUUCCAUGGACGUAUCCAGAGUUCUUGGCGACAUUGACAAAACUAGUGAAUGGAGGACACAUCCCUAUGAGCCGUAUCGACGAUGCUGUACGAAGGGUCUUGAGAGUUAAAUUCUCUAUCGGUCUCUUUGAGAACCCGUAUCCAGUAGUGGAGAAUGCCACAAAGCUUGGAAAUGAGGCUCAUCGGGCAGUUGCGAGAGAGGCGGUGAGAAAAUCAAUGGUGCUUCUAAAGAACGGGAAGCCAAACGGCGAUAAAGUUGUGCCGCUCCCGAAGAAGUUGAAAAAGAUCGUUGUCGCGGGACAACACGCACACAACAUGGGAUGGCAAUGCGGCGGCUUUACUCUCACUUGGCAAGGAUUCAACGGAACUGGAGAAAUUAUCCCCAUUAACACAAAACUGCACCUUCCUACCGGUAAAAUGGGAGGAAGUACAAUAUUGGAAGCCAUCCAGAAAGCAGUAGAUCCCACCACUGAAGUUGUUUACGUGGAGACACCAGACCUAGAAACAUCGAAGCUUCACGCCGACGCAGCAUACACAAUUGUGGUCGUGGGAGAAGAGCCUUACGCAGAGACGAGAGGGGACAGCAAAACACUCGGUAUAUAUGCACCAGGUCCGGACACGAUUAGCCACACGUGUGGUAGUGGGAUGAAGUGUCUAGUGGUCCUAGUCACAGGACGUCCGCUCGUGAUCGAGCCUUACAUGGACAUGAUCGAUGCUCUUGUAGUCGCAUGGCUUCCCGGAACGGAAGGAAAUGGAGUCACUGAUGUCUUGUUUGGUGAUCACCCCUUUACUGGUACACUGCCUCGCACGUGGAUGAGGACUGUUGACCAACUUCCGAUGAACGUUGGCGACAAGAACUACGACCCUCUCUUCCCCUUCGGAUUCGGAAUCAAAACCUAAAUCAAUAACAAUAACUAUGUAACUAUUUGAAGAAACAUAAUUGUAUCACUUUCCCGAUCAAUAAUUAAUUACAAUUUAUGUUA